AUGAAGCUUCUCCCGACGGCGCUCAUCCUCCUCGUGCCCGCACUCGCCCAUGUCCUCCACCCAGUCAACACCAGGGCUUCCAGCCCAGACCGCCCCUGCGGCUUCAAGAUCGCCCCCUGCCCGGCGGGCAGCACCUGCUCUGCGUCGGACCCAGCCUGCCCGGCCACGCGCGGGGCGAACUGCCCGGCCACGCGCGGGGCGAACUGCCCGGGCCGGUGCGCGCCGGCGACGACGGUGACGCGGCCGCGCCCAUCGCACCCGACACGGCCGACCGUCUCCGAGCCCACCGCACGCAGCGACGACGAGCCGAAGCCGUCGGUGCACACCAGGACGCCACGGCCGACGCGCAGCACGCCGCCCCUGCCGACCCCGACCCCGACCCCGACGAGGACCCGCAGCUACGACGACUGCGGCGGGUUCCGGCCCACGCCCAAGAGCUGCGCGCGCGGCCAGAUCUGCAUCGACGACCCCUACGCCGGCGGCUGCGGCAUGGCCUGCGACAUGCCCGGCAUAUGCGUGGAGCCGACCUUUUGCGGCGGCAUCGCCGGCGUCCAGUGCGCCGAUGGCAAGAUGUGCGUCGACGACACUAGGGACGAUUGCGAUCCUGCGAACGGAGGCAGCGACUGUGGUGGCAUUUGUGUUUGA